GCGUGGGAGUCCGUUGCAGAAAUGAGGACGUGGGGUGUGGGUGCUGUCCAUCCACGUCUCUGAAAUGAAGUUUCCUGGAAGAAGAUGUUUUCUUCAGAUUGUUGUGAAGUUCUUGUAGUAAAAAAAAUAACCAACUAGCAAGCCUGUGCCUUUGUGGGCUCUUGAGCUGACCCUUUAGCUUUUGACCUAAAACCCAACCAUACAGCAUGCGUUGGCGGGUGGCCGGGCAAACCACGCCGAUCCCUCCCUGCGAGGGAGCGGCACUCGGAGUUGGAAAGGGCGCACACCGCGGCGCGGAUGCACCUUGAGGACAGUGAGUGCGAGACCCCACUUCUGGGGGGUGCCUGGAGCAGAGACAUUCACGGGGCGGAGAUUUGAAUGGUGGGUGCUGGGGGCAGGGAAUGGGCAGUUUGUAUUUUCUGGGGACAGAUUCAGUUUGGAAGAUGGGGAAGUCCUGGAGGUGAUGGUGCCGGUGGCAGCACAAGAGUAUGAACGUGACGAGUGCCACCGAGGUGAACAGCUAACAACGGUCAAAAUGGUGCGUUGCACCUCUCGCAGGUUUCCCCCUCGUUCCGAGGACGUGUUGGCUGCCCCUCCAAUCGCAGGGCCGGCCCCCCCAGAAGCUGUAUCCUUUCAGUCUGACAGCGACCUGCAGCCUCUCCACAACCUCAGCCUUCUCCCGGGACCCUGCCCGGCUUCACUGCGAGGAGAGGCUCCCCGAGGGGACUGUUGGGGGGACGGUGUUCCAGUCGGGUCUUUGUGUCGUGCUCACUGGGCCUGCAGCUCCUUGUCCCUGGUGCCUGUCUGUCUGCUGUGGGCUCCUGCUCCUCCGCUGACUAAUGUCACAAGCACUGAGGGCCACCCGCACUGGACAGGAAGCUGGUGCGGACGCUCGGUGUGUGGCCUUCCUCCGCAGGAACGAGGUUUGUCAGUAAACCAAACACUCACUCUUGCGACACAUCCCCAGGGAAUUGGGUCAUGUGUCCCCAGGACGGCCACUGAGGCCCGUGAGAGUGAGGCCUUUGGCCCGAGAUGGGGCUUCCUUCAUCUCGAAGCUCCAAAGGGUGUGGGCUGGGCCAUUUGUCUUCCUGUCCGCUGUGUGCUCAUUUCCUUCCGCCCAUCCCUCCCCCACCUGCCCCCCCUGAGGCCACAGACCCAGGCAUGUCCUCUGUGUUCUUCGUCAUCCUUGCUGACCCUGGGAGGCAGCUGCUGUUGUUGGGUUCUCCCCUGGCCCCACCUGCCUUGGAGGAAGAGCAGGGAGUAAAUCCCUGUGCAGAGCCCCUGCCUGGACCCUCGGAGACCCUGGGAGACCACUGAUUUUCUUCCUGUCUCAUUCAUCUUUUCCUGAAGGUCAUAUCGUUGCACGCACACGCAGGGACAGAGUGAAGCCACAGGGACAGUGUGUCUCCUCCACCCCUGGGCGCUGCCUGAGAGCCACAGGGGGCUUCCUCUGCCCACCACGGUGCCUUCGAGAGCAGCACAUACCUUCUGCCACUGACGAAGGGCCAGCAGAGCACUGGGGCCGUCAGCCUCUCUCGUCCUGACUUCUCAGAACCCUCUGAAGACUGUACGCUUGACGGCUGAACUUGGAUCCAAGAUGGGUUUUCAUACACAGAUGCGCAGUGACCGCCGAGCAUGUCCCCGGCGACAGGUAGAUGCAGGCCACGGACCCUCCCAUGAGGCUGCCUUCCCGGCCACUCACACCAGGACAAGGGGCACACCUGUCAGACCAUAGCCGGCAUUUUCCCUGGGUUCACCAUGGAGCCCUUCUGCCCACUCCUGCUGGCAGGUUUUAGCUCGCUGCUGGCUGGGGCGUUCACAGUCAACGAGACCACCCCGGCGGACAGCAACUGGACCUCCGCGACCUCGGGGCCCCCCGCCGCCGGCCCCCGGCCCCUGCUGGCCUGGCUGCUGCUGCCCCUGCUGCUACUCCUCCUCUUCCUGCCUCUGGCCGCCUACUUCUUCAGGUUCAGGAAGCACCGGAAGGCCACCGUCAGCACCAACGACAAGAAGAUGCCCAACGGGAUCCUGGAGGAGCAAGAGCAGCAGAGAGUGAUGCUCCUCAGCAGGUCCCCGUCCGGGCCCCAGAAGUACUUCCCCAUCCCCGUGGGGCAGCUGGAGGAGGAGAUCCGAGCGCGGUCGGCUGACGAGUGUAAGAGGUUCCGGGAGGAGUUCAACUCGCUGCCGUCAGGACACACACAAGGAGCUUUUGAGCAGGCCAAUAAAGAAGAAAACAGAGAAAAAAACAGAUACCCCAACAUCCUUCCCAAUGACCACACCAGGGUGGUUUUGAGCCAAGUGGAUGGAGCGCCCUGUUCAGACUACAUUAACGCCUCCUACAUAGAUGGUUACAAAGAGAAGAAUAAAUUCAUAGCAGCUCAAGGCCCUAAGCAGGAAACAGUGAAUGACUUCUGGCGGAUGAUCUGGGAACAGAAAUCUUCAACCAUUGUCAUGUUGACAAACCUGAAGGAGAGGAAAGAGGAGAAGUGCUGCCAGUACUGGCCGGACCAGGGCUGCUGGACCUACGGACACAUCCGGGUGCGCGUGGAGGACUGCACGGCGCUGGUGGACUACACCAUCCGCAAGUUCUGCGUCCAGUCGCUGCCCGACGGCUGCAAAGCCCCGAGGCUCGUGUGCCAACUACACUUCACCAGCUGGCCUGACUUCGGGGUGCCUUUCACCCCCAUCGGGAUGCUCAAGUUCCUGAAGAAAGUGAGGGCGCUCAACCCCGCGCACGCCGGGCCCAUCGUGGUCCACUGCAGCGCGGGCGUGGGCCGCACGGGCACCUUCAUCGUCAUCGACGCGAUGAUGGACAUGAUGCACGCCGAGCAGAAGGUGGACGUCUUUGACUUCGUGGCGAGAAUCCGCAACCAGCGCCCGCAGAUGGUGCAGACGGACACCCAGUACACGUUCAUCUACCAGGCCUUGCUAGAGUACCACCUCUACGGGGACACAGAGCUGGACGUGUCCUCCCUGGAGAAGCACCUGCAGACGCUACAGGGCAGCGCCAGCCGCUUCAACAAGGUCGGGCUGGAGGAGGAGUUCCGGAAACUGACGAAUGUGCGGAUCAUGAAGGAGAACAUGAGGACAGGCAACCUGCCGGCGAACAUGAAGAAGGCCAGAGUCAUCCAGAUCAUCCCGUACGACUUUAAUCGCGUGAUCCUGUCCAUGAAGCGGGGCCAGGAGCACACGGACUACAUCAACGCGUCCUUCAUCGACGGCUACCGACAGAAGGACUAUUUCAUCGCCACCCAGGGGCCCCUGGCACACACGGUGGAGGACUUCUGGAGGAUGGUCUGGGAGUGGAAGUGCCACACCAUCGUGAUGCUCACCGAGGUCCAGGAGAGAGAGCAGGACAAGUGCUACCAGUAUUGGCCAGCAGAGGGCGCGGUGACUCACGGGGACAUAACGAUUGAAAUAAAGAGUGACACCCUCUCUGAAGCCAUCAGCGUGCGCGACUUCCUGGUCACCUGCCGCCAGCCCCUGGCCCGCCAGGAGGAGCAGACCCGCGUGGUUCGCCAGUUCCACUUCCACGGCUGGCCCGAGAUCGGGAUCCCGGCAGAGGGCAAAGGCAUGAUCGACCUCAUUGCGGCCGUGCAGAAGCAGCAGCAGCAGACGGGCAACCACCCCAUCACCGUGCACUGCAGUGCGGGCGCCGGGCGAACGGGUACAUUCAUCGCGCUCAGCAACAUCCUGGAGCGCGUGAAGGCGGAGGGACUGCUAGACGUGUUCCAAGCCGUGAAGAGUUUACGGCUUCAGAGGCCGCAUAUGGUGCAAACCUUGGAACAGUAUGAAUUCUGCUACAAAGUGGUACAAGAUUUUAUUGAUAUAUUUUCUGAUUAUGCUAAUUUUAAAUGAAAACUUCUGCCUUAAAAUAUUUUUUAAUUUAAUGGUCAGUAUAUUUUGUACAAAUCGUGUUAAUUUAUUUCAUAGUUGACAUUAAUAUCCUUUCUAAUUUCUUUGUAUAUAUUUUGUUAUUAUGCUUUAAGACCACCUGCUUAUAAAGGCAUUUCAUCUUAAAUACCCCCCUUUAAAAACUGGAAUAAUGUAUUAAGGUCAAAUAAUAUCCCAUAAAAUAUAUAUUUCUGCUAAUGUCAGUAAAUUAUUUAAUUUCUCAUUAGACCCAUAUCAUUUAAUUUCUCACACUCAGGAUCUCUAAGUGUUAUAGAUCUUACUAUGCCAAGUGUGCUUAUGUAGACUACUAAACGUGACAUCCAUUAGAAAGCAGCUGGGAACUCGGAAAUCAGCUGGAAAUUCACUUUCUUAACACCGGUUUCCACAGCCCUGGGCAGCAGUAUUUGUUUUAAAGGCAAACAGUUUCGGAAGAUAGAGGUUUGCCUUUCCACUUGAAAAAUCAAAGAAGACUGCAACCUGAGUCCAGGUCUAAAACACAUCAGAGCAGUUGGUGGCGACAAAGUGAGACUUAAAUAUGCAUUUAUCCGCGGCCGUGCCCCUGCCACCGUGGCUAGGUGACAGGAGACACCAGGGGUCCUGUCCACCCACCGCUUUGGGGGCAGCUGAAGCAGUCGCGGAGCGGCCCGCCCACAGCGCCAUCUGCUGUCUGGCUGUACGCGUGACUCAGGUGAAACCUAUGGAGAGUCAAACCAACUGCAUUUCUCCCUCCCCUCUCAUUGGCCACAGCUGCCCCACGCCGUUUGGGAGGUGUCGCAGCGCUCGACCUCAAUCCAUUCCCGUCCCAAAUGUUCGAAUAAAGCCCAGAGUCUGACACCCACAGAGGCAAGGGGCACACGCUUGGUAGAACACAGGACCACAGGCAACGACGCCAGCAACUUUCCCAGAGGUGUUCUGGUUCUUUAAAACCUCUUGUAAAAGCUAAGACUGUUUGUACGAAAAGAAAUCUUUGAGUCUAGAUUUAUACGGUUUUUUAAAAGUCCCGCUCCUCAAUAUUUAAUUAAAGAAAAUUCCUUCAUCUAAAGGCAAACUUAUUUUUGGAUGGAAACACUGCUGAGACCUUGCACACUGGAUAGAUCGGACUGCCGUGCAGAAUCGGCUUGCCGGGUGGAAAAUGGGCGGGGGGAGGGGCGGAUGCAGAAACGCUUCGGUUAGUAGCAGUGACCUUUCUCUGGCUGUUCCCACCUGGCAGGCGAGCACAAUGUAAAAAGAAGACACCUGGUCCAAGCUGCCGAAAGCAUUUCAUGUGUGCAUUUUUGGUGCAUUAUUUGCUUUUGAAAAGACAUACAAAGGACUUAUUUGACAUUUCCCCUGAAAACGGAUUGCACUGUUUCUUUCUGCUCAUUGCUGUGAGCGGCGUGCGCCCCAGGCUAGGCUGGGGUUCUAGGGUCAGGCGCCCAGGCAAUCUGGCUUCUGCCUCCCCCCCUCUCCUCCCCCCGGCCAAGGGCCCGAGCAGACGCACAGGUGGAAAGACAAAAGCACAACACUGGGCUGAAGCCCUGGGUCGGGCACUCCCAGCUGGCUGAGCGUGAUCCUUCCUCCCCGGUGUGGUGCGUCCGCACCUGGGUCUGAGAGGAAAAUGAGGGAGCUUUGUGAGACAAGCUCAUUGACCCAUUUGCUUUCGUUGUUAAAAUCCUGAACUUGGAGGCUUUCUUUGACUAAAGGGGAAGGGAGACAGCGGAACUUUCUGUUCAGCACCUAGAAACAGAACCGGCUGGUUGUGGUGAAGGCCACUAGUCAUUUAUUUGAGGGGUCCUGGUCAAAGUUGAAGGGCACAGAUUUGGGUCCAGAUAUACCAGCCUUCAUCAGAAUCUCCCACACCCUGUCCUGGUCUCCAUGGCCUCCCUGGGGUGGAGACCAAGACCUUCUCGGUGCACCCUCGAGGAAGUACCCCACUGAUGCAGUCUCUGCCCCCUUGAGCCGUCCCCUGUGUCCACUGCAGUGUCCUGGUGCCCCGUUUGGCCCUUCCAGUCGCAGUUAAAGCAGAGGCCACCGUCCCUUAGACACGGGCUCCAUGCCCCGGCGGGGACAGCCCCCUCCCUUUCAGGGAAGCCCUGAACCUGCAGCCUCGUGGCCCCUGCCAACACUCACCCAAGGCCCCCGUGCAGCCCGGACUCAGAGCUCUUGUCCCUUCCUGUCAAAGUCCACUGCACAUAAGACAGCGCCUCCCUGACCUCAGUCCCCUCGCAUCUGUCCACGUUGCAUGCAGUUGUACUCCAAGGCCAAAUAGCGAUCGGAAGACUGCCGUUCUGAUCUGCGUGCUUUUUCGGUCACCAUGUGACUCCGUUUACUCUCCACGUGCUGAUGAAGAGUGCGCACCAGUGUUUGAAGAGGCAUCUUCGUGUUUUUAAAAACUUUUCAAAGUGAGCCCGACCUCCAUUUCAGCAUUUGGAGACACCCCAUGUGUUCUGUUUAAAUGUCUGAUUACUGAUACUUUUGUCUACCAGAGUCGUGUUUAAUUUAUGUGCAACCUCUGUAUGUUCUCAAUUUCACCUGUCACGCUUUCUUUUACUACAUUUAUAACUUGAUCUUGCUCUGAUUGUAAUGCCAGUGAAUGUUGCUGAAUUCUUUGUAUAUGCAAAUGGCGAGGUCUACCAUUCAGAUGCAAGGAUAAAUCUUCACUUUCA